AUGAGAAUGAAGUAUAAUAAUAUUUCUAUUAUAUUCCUUUUUAUAUCCAUAUUAUCAAUUAUUGUCAAUGCAUCUCCAGCUCAAUAUAAACCAUAUCAAAGGAGAGGUUUACCUGGUUUAAAGACCACUACAAGUACUACAAGUGCUUCUAGUUCUAUAGCAACAGGUGAUUCAGAUACCAAUACAUCAAUCGGAUCAAACACUACAAAUUCAAAUGUGACAUCAUAUUCGAAUUCUACGAUUCAAAUAUAUACUUCAAAUUCAAGUGUGAUUACUUCCAUUGUAAGAACUACUACAUCUAGUUUGAAUUAUAUUUCAAAUCCAGUAACCAUACCAAAUAAUAAUCAAAUGAAAAACCCGAAUAUGAUAAUGAGAACCUCUACUGAUGGAACUGUCUUCAUCUCAUUUGCAAGUUGUCUAGGAGUAAUUAUUAUAGCUUUGUUCCUAACUUGGGCGAUACUGGGAUUUAAAGCUUGGUAUAGGGCACGCCACGAAAAUCAUGUGAAAACUAUGCAAGAUGGAUACCUUACAGAUCCCUUUAGUAAUAGAAACGCAACUUUUGGAAGUGAUAUCACUAAUAACAGUAGCAAUGGUGGUGGACUAGGAUUCUUUGGGUCUGAUCUAGCUUCUCUAGUUUCUAGUGGAUCUGAAAGUUAUGAUGACAAUGAAAAGAAUAAUGAUUUUGGGGAAAAAGUCUUAAAGACUAAAAGCUCUAGAUUAAGUUUAUAUUCUUUGGGUUCUAAUUCUGCCUUGAAUCUAUUGAAUUCUUUUGAAAACUCAGACUCAUCGAAUAAAACGAAGGGACCCGCAUCAAAGAACAUACCGGCUAAUAAUGCUAGAUUAUCAAUGUUUAUAUCACCUACUGAAAUUUUACAAAACGAAACUCAUCAAUGGAAUAAUAGUGCAAAUGCUAGUCAUGAAAGUUUCUUUAACUCAGAGAUAAGUACACCAACAGCACAAGCCUCAGCUGUCUCAACAUCUCAAUUUAUAAUGAAUGACUACUCCGAAUUUAAUAGAAACAAUGCUACGACAACUGAUCCCAACGAAGCCAAAGUUAAACAUUUUAGACCGCCAAGUGUUCAUUUGGAUGAAUUAUUGAAUCUUCAGGAUGAAGAUAAAUCUUCUCCAUAG